CACGAGCCAAUCUCCUUCUCGUCAUGACUUGUAUCAAGGUCUACUUCAACUAAUCCCACAGCAACAAGGUCAUGAGGCCAUCUCCAGCUCCGCGACAACACAAUUAGUGACCGCGCAUCAUGAGCGAACAUUACCCAACACUUGCGCAGACCGCGCUUGUCGCUGCCGCCUUCAAAAUCCUCCUGUUCCCCGCAUACAAAUCGACCGACUUUGAAGUCCAUCGCAAUUGGCUCGCCAUCACCAACAGUCUUCCCCUGGAGAAGUGGUACUUCGAAAAGACGUCGGAAUGGACCCUGGAUUAUCCCCCCUUCUUCGCCUACUUCGAAUGGAUCCUCGCACACGUCGCCCGUCUGAUUGAUCCCCUCAUGGUCAAAGUCUACAACCUCGAUUACGAGAGCUGGCAAACCGUUUACUUUCAACGAACUUCUGUCAUCAUUACAGAGCUUGUGCUGGUCUGGGCCCUUCAGACCUUUAUCGACAAUGCGCCUCUCAAGUCCCGUCGCGCCGCUCAGGUCGCUGCUCUAUCUAUCAUCCUUUCUCCCGGACUUCUCAUUAUUGACCAUAUCCACUUCCAGUACAAUGGCUUCAUGUACGGAAUUCUUGUCAUGUCUCUUGUUCUUGCUCGCGACAAGAAUGAGCUGCUAACCAGUGGGCUCAUCUUUGCUGCCCUCCUAUGCUUCAAGCACAUUUACUUGUACUUGGCGCCAGCUUAUUUCGUAUAUCUCCUCCGAGCAUAUUGCCUGUCGUCUAAAUCCAUCUUCCGAAUCCGAUUCUUGAAUUCGAUCAAGCUGGGUUUGGGUAUUGGAACCAUCUUUGGAGCUGCUUUUGGACCAUUUGCAGCUAUGAAUCAGAUUCCUCAGCUGCUGAGCCGACUAUUCCCUUUCUCUCGUGGCUUAUGUCACGCUUACUGGGCGCCUAAUGUCUGGGCUCUUUACUCUUUUGCGGACCGAAUCUUGAUUCACAUUGCUCCACGUGUUGGCUGGACUGUUGACAAGAACGCAUUGCAGAGUGUCACUCGUGGCUUAGUUGGAGAUACAGCUUUUGCCGUUUUGCCUGAAAUCAGCCCAAGAACAUGUUUCGUUCUUACACUGUUCUUCCAGGUCCUCCCUUUGAUCAAGCUGUUCUUUCAACCAACCUGGGAGACGUUCAUCGGUACUGUCACCCUAUGUGGCUAUGCCUCUUUUCUCUUUGGCUGGCAUGUUCAUGAAAAGGCCAUUCUUCUUGUCAUCAUCCCCUUUAGUCUUAUCGCCCUUCGAGACAGACGUCAUCUCGGAGCCUUCCGGCCGCUGGCUGUUGCCGGUCAUGUAUCACUCUUCCCCCUGCUAUUCACGCCGGCAGAAUUUCCUAUCAAGACACUCUAUACUAUCACCUGGCUUGUUGUCUUCCUGAUGGCGUUUGAUCGUCUUGCACCUGCUUCCAACAAGCCCAGGAUCUUCCUCUUAGAUCGGUUCAGUACACUUUACAUUGCCGUGAGCAUCCCACUCAUCUUAUACUGCUCACUCCUACACCAGAUCAUAUUUGGCAAGAGCUAUGAAUUCCUUCCGUUGAUGUUUACGAGCUCGUAUACUGCGAUUGGCGUGGUUGGAAGUUGGUUGGGAUAUAUGGUUGUGUAUUUCACAGCAUGAAGUGUUGAUGUUAGAUACCCAGUAGAUUUCAUAUCUUUUCUAAAACCACUGACUCUCACAUGAUGUUCUUCGAGCAAAUCCAAUCAUUUUAUUGACAAUCUGGCAGCAGGAAUAAACACUGCCAGACCUGUGCUUCAGAAGACCCUGAAUCUAUCCAGGGGCACAAUCGGUCUAGCUGGCUUCUUAUGGCCUAUUCACG